AUGUGGGCAUCAGUAGAACGGGACAAAUGUCAUGCUCAAUUGAGCAAUACCUCUUCGGAUGGCUGUCUCCUCCUCUCUGCCUGGCGGUCGCAUGUUCUAGUUCUUCCCCACUCUCCAACCCAUGCUACCGGUGCUGCUUCUGGCAUGGCUCCAUUCAUUUGGAAGGCUUUUGUGAGUCUGAAAUCGUCGACAAGACAACAGGCUGGGCUGCAGACUGGACGGAUUCAGGCGUUGUGUUCAUUUGCCCUCGGGCACUGGCUCCGCCUCCUUUCGCUGGUUCGUCCAACCACCUGCACACGACGCUGCUAUCACGUGGCUCCCGGGCGAACCCAGUGGGGCCGAGCAAAGGGAGUACUCGACUUUAUCCCUUUGAUCCGAGAGAUGCUAAGCUCUCUACCUCCCUCGGGUUGGGCAAUCGAGGCUGUGGUCAACGCCGUCAUUAUCUGUAUCACCCGCUUCUUGCUCCUCUUGUCCACCAAGAACGUUUAA